AUGCAGGGAAUCAGGAAGGACAGACCGCAGCAUCAGCAGCAGAAACCAAAUGCUUUUAUCAGCAGAAAUCUGUUGGUGAAGCUCAUCUCGUUGUUCUUCCUGGCUUUUGUUGCCCUUACUGCCGCUAAAGUGGUACCCGUUUCAAAUGGCAUUAAUUUAAGCAUUGAUCAGCAUGGAAAAAGGGUUUAUGCGGAUGAGGUCGAGGAUAAGUGUGACUACUAUUGUGCCAAAAAGGAUCCUUCUGUGUGUGCCACCAAUGGACAGUGCCUUCUGAAGUUCGAGAGCCACUGUGCCAUGACAGCAUACAACUGCCGCAAUCCCCAGAAAGAGUUCAAGACCGUGGAGGACCAUCGAUGCAUGCAGGACUGGCAACCACUUUGCAAGGAUGCAGAUCUCAAAGAGUUUGGAUUGUGAAAAGGCGUUUCGGUUGAUAGGUUGUAGAAUGGAU